UUCUAGACCAAGAGAAGGAGGCAAAUCGUGCCAAAGGCAUGGCCAAUAAACGAACAAAAAUCAUCUCAGCAUCUCCGCAUCUUUCUGAGGCAUCUCUGUUUCCUCCAUCUGUACUACUUACAUUUUGAUGUUGUCUAUCGACAGAUUGUUAAUUUUUUUUCUUUCUUGUAUAUUAAACAAGCUACGGAAAGAAUUGCAAAUUGAGGCCUUUUCUUGCACCAUUAAUUGGCGGCUAGAUUUUGCCCUCUCCCCCCCCAAUUUCCUUUAUAUUCUUUUAGCUCGUAAUCCCUCUCGCACUUCUUGUUUAAUCCGCCGAAGAGACGGAAAGCGUGCUUGAGACGAUCAAUUCAAGCUAUACAUAUAGUAGCUUGAAUAGUCAUAUUUCUUGGUGAUUUUUUAGCGGCGGCGUACUUCUUGGGUCUCAGGUAUUCUUCUGCCAGUCAUUGAUUUGAGAAUGGGUCAGACUCAAGGGAAUUCUGCUCUGGAGGUUUCUGGCUUAGGAUCAGACGAGACCGAGAAGCUAUGUUCUUCACCGAUUGAAGGGAGAGGAGCGAGUUUGUGGAAGAAAGUGAAGUACCAGUUGGUGGAGUACCAUUCAUUGCCUGCAUAUCUGAAGGACAAUGAAUAUAUUCUUCGUUAUUACAGGUCUGAAUGGCCUUUGAAGCAGGCCUUGCUCAGCGUUUUUACCAUUCACAAUGAGACCCUCAACAUUUGGACGCAUUUGAUAGGAUUCUUCCUUUUCCUCGCUCUAACCAUUUACACUGCUAUGAUGGUUCCAAAUGUUGUUGACUUUCCUAGACUACAAAAUUUCCCUGAUGUGCUGAGAAAAGCUGAUUUGCAGAAAUUGCACAUGGAACUUAUUACUUGUCUCCCAUCCUUGCCACAUAUGCCCGAUAUGCACAAACUUCGAGAGGAGUUAAAGAAUUCAUUUCCUUCGAUGGAUUUGCUACCAUCCUUGUCUAAUUGGCAUAUUGUGGAACUCUUCUCAAAUUGUUUACCAGAAAGUAUUUCACACAGCAACCACACUGAUACUUGUGUUCUGCAUAGCAUGAAAGAGGACUUGGCAAACAUAAUAGCACCGUUGCUGGUGAGGCCAAUCACACGUUGGCCGUUCUUUGCUUUCUUAGGUGGGGCCAUGUUUUGCUUGUUAGCCAGCAGCGCUUGCCACUUGCUCUCCUGCCAUUCCGAACGCGUAUCUUACAUCAUGCUUAGGCUUGACUAUGCAGGAAUCGCUGCCCUCAUCUCGACAUCCUUCUACCCCCCUGUUUACUACUCUUUCAUGUGCUAUCCUGUCUUCUGUGGGCUCUACAUGGGGUUUAUAACUUUACUAGGAGUCGGUACAAUUGCAGCAUCCCUUAUCCCAGUAUUCCAAUCUCCCGAAUAUCGUAACUUUCGAGCAUCACUAUUCUUUGGGAUGGGUAUAUCUGGUGUGGCACCAAUCUUACACAAGCUUAUCUUAUUCUGGCACCAGCCGGAAGCACUCCACACAACUGGAUAUGAAGUCUUGAUGGGGGCAUUUUAUGGUAUUGGAGCGCUGGUAUACGCAAUGAGAGUUCCAGAGAGGUGGAUGCCCGGAAAAUUUGAUCUUGCUGGGCAUAGCCACCAACUUUUCCAUGUUCUUGUUGUGGCAGGAGCUUAUACACAUUACCGUGCUGGGCUCGUUUAUCUCAGGUGGAGGGACCUGCAAGGAUGCUGAAAGUUUAUAGAAUUUCAGUAGUUGUGAUAAUGCCGUGGGUGGCGUAUUAGUAUCAAUUUAGGUAUGCAUGUAUGAAGUGGGACACUUGCUGCAACUUUUAAUAUCUUGUGUAACCACCACUUCAAGUGAAUUAGUGGAAUGCUUCACGUGUCUUAAUUGAUAUAACAAGAAAAAAAAAAAAAAAGUAAGACGACUGUGACGGUAUGCAGUUGGUUCUGAAAUAAAUUUGUGCUAAUGUUGGGGAUGGUUGUGAUUAGUUAUAGUGACAUAAUGUUGUUUUCUCAAUCUGAUUAGUGAGGAAUAUAUGCAGGCUUCAGAAUGUCAAAGACUGAGGCGUCUGAACCAGGGACUCUCUUUCUGUUAUACUUUUACCUGAACCAGAACUGGUUCACGUUCAGCCAUAAAUGUCUGCAUCAGUAUUGUGAGGAUAAAAGGAAACGGAAUGACCGUAUAUUUCUUUUGAUAGA